AUGACCUCAGUUAAACCUUCUCCGUUCACCACUAGUGAAACUUGGAAAAAUUCCGCGGCUUCUGUUUCUCUGUCAGUGAAAGAGAUGAUUCCCUCCACAGUGCCUCCCUCUACCAGCCUUGAAGUCCCCGAGCCCUUUCCAUCGUUGGUAAUUCGUCUGGCGCUAUCCAUUCUAAUUCUAGUGCUCAACAUGGCAGGAAACAUUCUCGUGUGUGUAGCUGUAAGGAAAACGCGCAAGCUGCGAAGUUUCAGGAACUACUAUUACGGCCUGUUUUUGAUGAGUCUAGCGAUUGCCGACAUGGCGGUAGGUUUCGUGUGUAUGCCUUUCACCUUACUCUAUUACGAGACAGGGAAGUAUCCGUUUGGCUUUUUCGGAUCCACUGCUGUUUGUAAGCUUAUCCCAGCUCUGAGCUUGUUAUGCCAGGGUGCUUCAAUCUUCAGUCUAACAACCCUUACUUUACAACGCUUCAUGGGCAUUGUCUAUCCAAUGAAAGCUAGAUUGACCCUCGGGAGGGUCAAGUUGCUUCUCGCACUGGUUUGGCUGUGCGCCUUUAUGUCCGCUCUUCCACAAAUCAUUGUCAUGGACGUGAAUCAUACAGUGCAAGGUGAAAACAACAAAUUCAGCUGUGAAGAGCUUUGGGGGAAUCCUCCCACCGACAGAAUCCUAAAAGAAGGGUAUACUUUGUAUCUGUUUGUGGCUGAAUAUCUCCUACCUUUGGUUAUCAUGGGAAUCGCCUACAGUAAAAUGGCCACGGUGCUUUAUCGAAGAGAUGAAGGCUUAGAAGGUAGAAAAUCUACCAAUAGUAGAACCAAAGCAAAUCACAAGAAAUUCAUUCGACUACUGAUCGUUUUAAUUGCGAGUUUCGCGUUGUGCUAUCUGCCGAAUCAUGUGCUGUUUUUCUGGUUGGAUUACGGCUCAGGAGCAAACAAUCCGUACUUCAGUAUUCUCAUGAAGUAUUCACAUUUCUGUAUUUGGCUCAACAGCUGUCUAAAUCCUUACCUAUACGGCGCACUUGACGACUACUUCAGACAGAGUUGCAAGAAGGUGUUGCGGCAAUGCGCACGAAUCGAGGGUAAAGCGAGAAAGACUCACCGUCAUAUCACGCGACAGUUAACCAAAAUGUAUUCCUUUAAGACACCAUCUACAGCAGAUCCGGAUUCGUCAGACGUACCAGAGGAAAGCUAAGGUGAAAAGCAAGGCUUAGGAACUUUUAUCGUCGAAAAAUGAGAAAGGGCAAAUUGCAAUUGGUGGGUCGAUUUAAUAUUCUUAAAGCUUGAGGCUCUUGAGUUUGACUUCAAUUUCCCUGAGGCUGAAAACUAUCAGAGAUGGGGGAUCUUUUACGAGGAAGGCUUAUGAGACUGAAAAAACUGAAAAUGGCUUGUUAAUAAGAAGACCAACCAAUAGCCCUAUUGAAAAAGAACUACCCGCGAAAGGGGAUUUUAAUUUGUGGCUUAAAAUUAUCAUUAACGCGCUUUGUUUUUGUAGUCAUUUUGGAUAAAUCGUUAAGCUUUUAAAAAUCUUUGUUAGUGGUUUAGUUAAACUAUGCAAGGCGCGGUGAUUUGUCGCAUUGCGAUUCCGCAGGUACAUUUUCUAGCUUUAAUGAAGUGUUUGAAUUUUCCUUGACAGAAAUUUUGUCUUCUGGCAUUCCUGUCAUUUCUGCUUUCUUUCUGAGUCAAACGCUU